AUGAAUACUUUGACUGAGGAGUUGAGAACCAGUGAACCUUCAACUCCCGGAGUUCUGAAAGUUGAAGCGCGGUUUUGCCACGAUUUGCAUAGAUGCGUUAAGGGAACAUUGAUCGCUACCAUUGAGACUAUCGUGUUUCUACCGUUGAGUGACUGCGAGCAAACGACUGCUCCUCGUCAAGCAGCCAUUGAAAUGCGUUACGAGCAUGUUCGUUCUGUAGCUGCCUACUAUGACGCCUCCGUUUUUGUUUUUACCAAACGACCGAGCAUUAAAGUUCUCGAAAAAUUCCUGGUUGACAGUAAUCUUGGCUUUGCUUCCGUUACACCGAUGGACAAUUUAUCACGUAAGGUAACGGAGGGCAAUUACGAGAAAGAAAGUGAGAAGUCUCUCAACAUCCCCGAUGCUAUUGGAUCACUCAUCAGUCGUCGAAUGACUCUGAAUUUUCGAAGUCCGGAACUCAGCAUCACCUCCUCACAGAGCUACGUCAGCCGCAGUCUCGGUCGACUGAUGCAACGCACCGUGUCUGCUCAGAGCAAGAUCCACUCUGUUACCGCUACCAUCGGUGAUUCCAUAGGUGAGGGGCGCAGGCACCUCUCCGUAGGCUGCAGUGAGGAGCUCUUUUCUGAUCAUGCGGCAAUCUACGCAAAUCCUGACACGGAAUAUAUUGAUGAAGGAUGCGGCAGCAUU